AUGGAGAUGUUAAAGAAGUUGUUCGCCUCUGCAUUCAUAUAUGCACUUGUUCUCAGAGUCCUGGUUCAAGAGAGUCAAUCAGGCUUUAUUAACAUAGACUGUGGAACACAAGAAAAUUCUGGCUAUUACGACGAAGAUACCGGCCUGUAUUACACUUCAGAUGCAACCUUGGCAGGGACUGGUGUUGGCAAUAAUAUCUCUUCUGAAUACAAGAGUACUGCCCUUGAAAAACAAUUCUUGAAUGUGAGAAGCUUCCCAGAGGGCAAAAGAAAUUGUUACACCUUGGAAAUUGCUCCUGGCGAUAUUAAGUUUUUUAUUAGAGCAAGAUUCAUGUAUGGAAAUUAUGAUGGCAAAGGUAAAGUACCAAGUUUUAAUCUCAUUCUUGGAGCUGAUGUGUGGGAUUCGGUGGAAUUGGCAGAUGCAUCUACCAUUGUUACCAAGGAGAUCAUCCAUAUUCCCCAGAGCAACUAUGUAUAUGUUUGUCUUGAAAACAUAGGCUUCGGAACACCUUUCAUAUCCGUGUUGGAAUUAAGGCCCUUGAGUAAUUCCNGCAAUUAA